AUGAAAAACUUUGAAUUCGACCCAAACGCAUACAGCAAAGACGAGUACUUGAUUGGUGGAAUUGCCACCUAUGUUUAUAAUGCAUCACAAUUAACUCCAUACAUCAAUCUGAUCAACGAAAAGUUCAACAAGCAUUCGGGAAUUACUGAUUCCAAGCAGCUAGAGGAGGUUCCUGUCAAGAUUGUAUACUUGGUUCACCAGCGUGGGGGAGAUUACACUUAUACAGAGUCUGCUGCCUACACUGUAUUGAAACAGUACUACAAGAAGGCAAGUUCUCUUGAUGUUCCGUUGGUUUGUGUGACAUUUGACAAUCGCAACCACGGCGCCAGACUUGUACAAGAAGUCAAGAACCGAGGAUGGAAAUCUAACGAUACCCAUGGGGCGGAUUUGGUGUCUAUAGUGGAGGGAAAUGUCAUUGACUUGAAGCUCGUGAUGGACUACUUGCCAGCAUACUUGAAUUUGGAAGCAAAGUUGGCACCGGAAUUGAAAAAAGCUCACCAAACUGUCAUCAAAUAUCGUAACGGAGUGUGUGGUUACUCUUUGGGAGGUCACACGGUUAUUAGGUACGCUCUCAAGUACCCUGAGUCAAUUCAAUUUAUCAAUCCUAACAUUGGUUGUGCUGAUAUGACUUCGUUAUUGAUUACCAGGUUGCUUCAAGUUGACAAAGAAUCUCCAGCUUUUGAUAAAAAAUGGUUCUAUUCCAGCUACGACGAAUUGAAACUCACCGAACACCAGUCGUCCGUUCAGUACCCAGAAUACUUGCACCGUAUCGUGGCUGCUGAAGAUGUUUCUAUCUUUGAAAACUACCCUUUUUCCCUGGUGAAAAUGUUUGCAGCUUUUGGUGCCGAUGACCUGUUGGUUCCCGCACGGUUGUCCAAGUUGUGGACCGAUAUGUAUAAGAAUUCAAACCCUGCUACUGAAGUUUUUGUUCAGCCGGGGGUGGGACACGAUGUUACCCCGGAGAUGGUGGACAAGUUUACGAGCUGGUUAGCCAGGAAUUAUUAA